UUCUGCCCCAGGCUGCAGCUUUCGCUUUCUGUCCAAGGAGUGGAGCAGGGCGGCUCUCCUGGCCCAGACAGUUGUGGAAGCCGCCUCCCUGACGGGCAGUGCUCCGCCCCGUUCCACUCCGAGAUGGAGCUCGCCACCGCCGCCUGGAUUACUUUCGCCGUCGGACUUCAGCUGUGGGCAUUGGGGGACGCGGUGCCCGUCCAGGUGUCUCUGCCUUAUAUUCCACAACCAAAGGGCAAGUGCAGGAACACAGAGAUAGAGUAUUAUAAUGAUAAGAUCCAGAUGUGCUGUGACAAGUGUCCCCCAGGACAACGGGUGCUGCACUCUUGUACUAGGGACUCAAACACUGUCUGCACCGACUGUGACCGGGACACACAUACUGAGGUUUGGAACUGGGUGGAGGAAUGUCACAGCUGUCGCAGCCGCUGUAAUCCAGAUUUGGUGGAGAUUCAGAAUUGCACUAGACGGGAAAACCGAAUCUGUGCCUGCAAGCCUGGAUUCUUCUGCAUAACAAGGAGUCAGGGCAGCUGCCUGCGGUGCUUCAAGUUUACAAAGUGUCUCCAGGGCUUUGGAGUGUCUAAGCCAGGAAACUUGAAUUCAAAUGUGGAGUGUUCUGCCUGUGCCCCAGGGACCUUUUCAGACAUUGUGUCAUCUACAGACACUUGCAAGCCCCACCGAGUGUGUCACUCUGUGGCUGUUCCUGGUAAUGCAACCUCAGAUGCUAUCUGUAAUGACAUGGUCUCUGCUCCUCCAAAGGCGGGUCCCCCUCUCUCCAAGCGUCAGCCUGGGUUCAUGAAUCCCAAAGAUAUAAUGUGGACCUCUCAGCCAAGUGUCACUCUGGGCACCUCUCCCCAACCCCAGCCACAGCCCACUAUCCGUCAGGUCUUUUCCAGUGGCCCUAUUCUUCCACUUGGGUGGAUUUUGGGCCUGAUGGUCGUCAUCUCGCUACUAAUUGGUCUGAUUUUCCGUUUCACGUUGUCUCAGAGAAAAAUUUUUGUUUUUGUAGAAAAGCUCUUGUCCUGCGUCAAAGAGGAAACCAAAGUGCCUCACUCAGUAGCUGAGAAGAACCAGAGUUUCUUGGGCCGCACCGGAACAGAGCAGCAGAACCUGCUAGAUUCAGAAGCCACCUCCAGCAGCAACUCCCUGGACAGUACGCUGAGCUGUGGGGAAGCCAAGGAAUUCCAGGAGACCAAGGGAACAGAAAACAACUCGCACCAGGCUCCAAGCUCAGAGAGGUCCAAGUGUGGCCAGGGAACCAGGGCUGGCUCCAUGAACUCAGAACACUCCCACAAUGGAGGGACCCAGGUCAAGGUGACCUGCAUCGUCAAUGUGUGUAACUCCGACCACACCUCCCAGUGUUCAUCACAGAGCAGCUGCCCUGACUUUGAAGCCAGCUCCUCAGGCUCCCCCUGGAAUGAGGAUGUCCCCUUCUCCCAAGAGGAGAGCCCCAGGAAGGGCAAGCCAGCCUCCCAGAAUGCACCACAAACCCUGCUGCCAGAUUUAGAGGAGAAACCGCUUCCCAUCGGGAUACAGGAUAUGGGCAUGAAACUCAGUUAACAAGCUGGGCCUCUUGUCUCCCCUUUACUGGAAGGAUCUGACCAGAAGCUGAGUGACCUCAUCAGGAUACUCUCAGAGGGACCCCUGUACUGUUUCUGAGGUCUGCCUUUUAUGGUGGGAUUCUGUUGCUUUUCUUGGGCCAGCCUCCCCCCCUUCCAAGGGCCUUGAUCCUCAGAGGCCUGUCUCAUGCCUUUAGAGAGUGGGGACAAGAGAUGACAGGGAGAGGUAUUGAAUGCCUUUUACCUUGGUUUCUCCCCUUUCUCAGUUUUCUUAUCCUGCUUUAUCUCUUCCAAGACGCAUCAUGGCGCCUGAGCUGGGAGUCAGGACAUGUGGGUUUCUCGCUCCACCUCUAAAGAACUUUGCAAUCUUGGCUCAGCCAUAUUCCCUUUCUGGACCUUGGUUUCCUCAUCUGUCAGAUGAAGGAGAGAGACUAGAGGAUUUCCAAGGCUACUUCUAAAUGCCAAAUUCUUGGUAAGCCAAGAAUACUCUUAGAUCCUGAUCCUUCUCUCCAUGAAGACUUCAGGAUUCCUAUCCCCAUAUUCCUCAGGUAGGCUAGGAGGAAGAGAUAGCUGGGGAAUGGGAGGGAGGGUGCAACUGAGGGAGAGAGAUGGGAUUAUUAAAAGGCAGCAUGGUACUGCAGA